CUAUCUCCCGUAGGUGGGCCCCGCUGCCUCCCACGUCUCCCACCUCUCACUCUUUGUUCGCGACUCGCCCGCCUCCGCUACCUGCCCUCUUCUUGUUGGCGAGAUCUCCCCUCCUCCGUCUCGGCUCUCCCAUGGAUCUGGUCGCGGCGGCCGCCGCCGCAAUCCUCGUGCUCCUCGCCGUCGCUGUGGCGGUUCCAAGAACGGCGGCCUCGAUCCACGCCUAUGAUCUCGAGCCCUUCAGGGAGGUCGGCAACUCCGUCCUCCUCUCCGGCGGCAGCGAAGGGAUCGUUGCGUCGGACCCCGAUGCUCGUGGCCCCUUUCGGAUCGAGGAUGGCCGUGCUUAUAUCAAGUUUGACAAUAUCACGUUCUGGAGGAGUAAAGAAUCAGCCGAACAGCACUCAAACAUGGGGCACAGCACAGGAUUAAUCCAGGCUAUUAUAUUUGAAGCAUCUGACCGUGAUAACAUUGGUGGAUCUGCUUACGGGGGGCAAAGGUCCAUAUGUUGCACCCCUGAUCUUGCUAAGCUUGAAGGAUGCAAACAAGGUGAAGUCAUCAGAAGACCAUCCUCCGUGGAUCCAAAUUGGCCUGUUAUAUUAAGCACGCACUUCAGGGCAGAUUACAUAUUCACAAAGAUGGAUCCUAAUCAGGUUAAUAUAACAAAGACUGGAAUGUAUAACUUGUUCUUUAUCUCUUGUGAUCCUAAGCUAAGGGGACUGACAAUGAGUGGGAAGACAAUCUGGAAAAACCCUGAUGGUUACCUGCCUGGGAGGAUGGCACCGCUAAUGAAAUUCUACUUCUUCAUGUCUAUGGCAUAUCUGGCACUCAGUUUCAUUUGGUUUGCUCAGUACAUUAGAUUCUGGAGGGAUAUCUUGCCUCUUCAGAAUUGUAUUUCAUUAGUUAUAGCUCUUGGCCUGUUUGAAAUGACUCUUUGGUACUUUGAGUACUUAAAUUUCAAUGACACUGGUGUGCGACCUAUUGGAAUAACCACUUGGGUUGUGACCGUUGGGGCUGUCAGAAAAACUGUUUCACGUCUUCUUAUUCUUACGGUUUCUAUGGGUUAUGGUGUUGUACGGCCAACACUUGGAGGUCUUACAUCCAAGGUGCUUCUUCUUGGAGUAACAUAUUUUUUGGCAUCAGAGUUACUCAGUAUCACGGAAAAUGUUGGGACAAUCAAUGACAUUUCUGGCAAAGCAAAAUUGCUCCUUGUCCUUCCUGAUGCAUUUCUGGAUGCUUUCUUGAUUCUUUGGAUCUUUACUUCUCUUUCACGGACAUUAGAAAAGCUGCAGGCUAGGAGGAGUUCUGUGAAGUUAGAUAUAUACCGGAAGUUUACGAACGCAUUGGCUGUUGCUGUGAUUGCUUCAGUCUCUUGGAUUGGAUAUGAGGUUUAUUUCAAAGCAACAGACCCCUUCAGCGAGAGAUGGCAGAGUGCAUGGAUCAUUACUGCUUUCUGGGACAUUCUUUCCUUGGUGCUGCUCUGUGUCAUGUGCUAUCUGUGGGCACCAUCUCAAAGCUCUCAAAGAUAUGCUUAUUCGGGUGAAGCUGGCGACGACGACGAAGAAGCACAAUCUCUUACAAAAGGGACUUCUGAUGGCAACAUUGGAUUGGUGAAGCUCGAUAAAAAUGAAAGGAAUGCAGAUCAUGCCAAUGCAUUUAGUCUUGAAGAUGAGGCGGAAGAGGACAAGCUGGAGUAGAUUCUCCUUGUGUACAUUGUUCUACCCUAUGAAGAUUGUAGCAGCAGCCAAACAAUCAUCACCAUCCUUUCGAGCAGAAGGUGCAUGGAGAAAAGUCUACUCUAUUUGUGUUCCCUUUUUUUCUUUCUGGUUUGCUACUACUAGCUGAGGCAGGAGGAUUGGCAGUAUGGAAAUCAUGACUUGCUGUUUGUAACGAUUUGGUGUAGAUCGGGGGAACUAUGAUUUUGAUGGGUGGAGGUUUAUGUUGUGGUUGGAUCUUUAAAGUUCGUGCUUAUUGAUGGUGCUUUAGGCAAGUGUGAUAUACUAAUAUGGUCGCCGUCUUCAUUCUACUGCUUUCCAGAUAGCAGCAAAUGGAUGUUCAACGAAGCUGUGUGUACACGGUGAGAUGGUAUUUAUUGUGAUGGGAACCAACUGGACCAGCAAAGUCAAAAAGGAAACGACCGAGUCCUCUCCGCUUUCCCGUGGUUUGGUUUCUCUAAGGUGCCGCUUGUUGUUGGUCUAAAGAACUCAUCGUUCCUUUCCUCCACCGCCAAGCGAUAACAACGCCCUUCUCGGAUUCACUGUGAUCGCGAUGGCCGGGCGAUCUGGCGGAGGUGGAGGCGGCCCGGGCCCGGGCCAAAACCCUCGCGGAUGGGACUUCCGAUGGGGAUCUGACCGUGCCGGUGGUAGAGGUGGCGGGUGGGAGUACUUCUGGGGCGUUGGCUCGGCGCCCGGCGGCCGGAGCGGGGGCGGGGGCGCUGCUGCUGGUUUCGGCUUCUGGCGAGGGUCGUACGGCCGACCCGAGAACGGCGCCCACCAGUUCGGGUUUGGAUGGAGCGGUCGUUCCGAUGACGGACGCGUCGGCGGGGGAGGAGGCGGCGGUGGAGGGUACGGCUUCGGAUUCGGUGGCGGUGGCGGUGGCGGUGGCGGGGGUGGGACUUCGAGCGUUGGAGGGUUCGGGUUUGGUGGAGCUCGCGGUGACGGAGCAGGCUCUAACAGCGCUCCGCCGCGGGGUACCGGACCGUGAUGGGAGUUGCUUCAGAAUUACGAUUGUGCACCCUCUCUGCUGUAAUAUCUACGGUAUCUUGCAUGUGAUGUUUGUGGGUGUUAAUACAUAAACGAUGUGGAGAAAAAUAAGGGGAGGAGGACGCUUUGUAAUAGGAAUCUAAUUAUGGACACUAUGUUUGGAAUUUUACUACGCUUAAGAGCACAUAACGUUACUUGCGAUGUUUAA